AUGGAGGCCAAUGGACGGAGGAAACUUCUGCAGCUGGUGACCCGGUUUGGGGUGCUCCUGCUGACCCGGUGCCCGUUCUGGUUUUGUUUCAGCCAGCUUAUGCUGUAUGCAGAGCGAGCAGAGGCCAAGAGGAAACCGGACAUCCCCGUGCCUUAUCUGUACUUCGAUCUGGGAGUGGCAGUGCUGUGUGCCAGCUUUAUGUCCUUUGGUGUAAAGCGCCGCUGGUUUGCCCUCGGUUCUGCCUUGCAGCUGGCUGUAAGCACCUACGCAGCCCACAUAGGAGGUCAUGUCCACUACGGCGAGUGGCUGAAGGUACGAAUGUACUCUCGAAUCAUUGCUGUCAUUGGGGGAUUCCUCAUCCUGGCCAGCGGAGCUGGAGAAAUUUACAGGCAGAAGCCUCGUAGCCGAUCACUGCAGUCCACAGGACAGAUCUUCCUGGGCAUCUACCUCAUCUGUCUGGCAUACACGCUACAGCACAGUAAGGAGGAUCGCCAGUCCUAUCUGGACUUCCUCCCAGGAGGGGAACCGGUCAUGCAGAUCAUUUUUGUCCUGUAUGGAGUGUUGGCGCUGUCCUUCCUGUCCGGCUACUACGUAAGGUUCUCUGCUCAGGUACUUGCUGUCCUGCUCCCCUUCUCUCUGCUCUUCGUAGAUGGAAACAUUGGCUUCUGGCACACUAACCGUCGGGUUGAAUUCUGGAACCAGAUGCGAAUGAUCGGACAGAAUGUUGGCAUUUUUGGAGCUGCUGUCAUAUUGGCUACAGACGGUUGA